GACCUAGCUCUGGUUUGGCUCUCCGGGCAUCCAGCGCCCGGGUACAGACAGGAACGUGUCCUGAAUUAAAUCCUUGCCUGACUAAGGUGUUUAAGUGCUGGUGAUCUCAGAGGUUUACUAGCCUGACUCUGAUAACCCUGUCAUUUUUUACUCUGUCAACUGAAACGUGUGCAAGCGGCGCCCGGGGCUGCCUUCUCGGGGGUCUGCUUUGUUUAGUUAAUUAUCUUCCUCUCCAAAUCUUUGGCUUUCAAACCCACUCAGUGCGAGCGCUCUGCCCAUUCUCGGGGAGUCUCAGCAGCCUCGCGGCUCCGCUGCCCGCCACGGCUAAUCAAGGGCUGCUGGCUCCGAAGCACUGUUCCUUUAAGGAGCGGGACGACAGGCUCACAAUGAGCCGUGACGUCACAAUGGCGGGGCCCGCGAACCAGGAAGCGCUUUUGUCUUGUGCGGCGGGCUGGGCCGGCGCAGGCAGCAGGGGGCGCCUCGGGCUCCGUUCCCGCCGGUGGGGUCGUACCAAGUCCUUUGAGCCGAAUAUUCUGAGCAGAACUGCACUGAAGUUUUUAGGAGCCCCAAGAGAACCAUUCUCCUAUGUCACAUCCACACAGUUCAUCAGACCAAGCUUAGAAAUGGAUACCCACAAAGAAGCUCAGCCCAAAGGAGUCUUUGAGUGCCAGUUAUGUGGAUUAACAGCUCCAUACAGUUAUUAUGGGCAGAAACCUCCCAACACACGCUCUAUUGUCCUCCUGGAAGAAAGCUAUGUCAUGAAGGAUCCUUUCACCCCUGACAAGGACAAAUUCCUUAUCCUCGGAUCACAGUGCAGUUUGUGUACCAGGCGGGUGUGUGUUGGCACAGAAUGUAGUCUAUUCUACUCAAAAAGGUUCUGCCUCCCCUGCGUUAAGAAAAACCUGGAAGAGUUUCCUUUGGAAAUACAAGAAGACUUGGAUAAAAAAAGUCCCACUAAAAAUCUUCCUUCUCUAUGACAGCGGAGCAGUGUCAAACAAGGCCUGCAGGCCACAUCUUGCAUGUGGUUCUGUCUCAUCUGGGAUGCAGGACUUCUGGAGAGGCUGGGAAUUUUGAGGACAGUGCAACAGGGCACGACUCAUGGUCAAAUUCCAGGAAGAUGGAGCCUAGUUGAGGACUCAUGUUGGUGGUGGCCAUGGGUGAAUAACAGCAGUGUUAACCCCUGUGGCACUCUGAGUUGAGACAGCAGCUCAGGUACCUGCAGUGGUUAAUGCCACUGCUGCUUGCUCUGCUGUCUGAGAUGGGUCAAAACCCAGCCUGUGAGGAGCCCUGUGCUCCAGAUCCAGCCCACAGAGCCAAAUGAAUUUUACACCUUUGUGACAGAGGAAUGACUUUCAUCAGCUUACCACAAGUAAGUCAUGAAAGGAAUCAUCAUGAAAGUACAUUCAAAUUCAGACAUUCCUGGGUUUGCAAUGAAGGCACCGUGACACUGACUUGGUGCAGGAAAAUUAGAAAUGGAAACAGGCUGCCCUGUAAUCAUAAUCCAAAUGACAUGUACAAAAAGUAACACCAUAAAAUAUUAAAAAGUACAGUUUAAAAUUCUGACUUUUUAAAUGUUAAUCAGUCAUGUUGGAUACUAAUACAAAAAUGUUUUUAAUGGGCAGGCAGAUUGUCAACUGGUAUAAGCCAACAUACUUCUAUGGAACUGAGUUUACACUGCCCAAGAAUAAAUACUAUUAUCUAAUCAGGUAGGUUGUUUCCUACCAAAGCUCACACCUCUCUGAGCCAGUCUGCCUCUAAGGUUCCACCCUGCUUUACCAUCUGUCUACCUGACAAUCUAAUCUAAGUUUGUCAGCCUGACAGUCUCACUUUAACAAAUUUUAGGUAGACAGAAGAAUCUGAUACGUCACACUUUCAAAAGUGAGAACACACAGAACACAGAGUUGACAUUUUUUAAAACACUUUGGCCUGCAGAUGUUUCAAGAUUAGUGUCAUACAUGGACUUCUGCAAGCCAAGCUUUUGUAAUGGAACUUGGUGGCUGAUACUUUACAUGACUGCAGUCACUUUCCACUCAAGCUUCCAGUCACAUGAGGGUGAUCUUGGACGGGGCAGCUAACUUUCUGGCAUGAUGUUUUUCUUUACAAGUGAGAAAGAGCUGGUGCCUUUCAUUUCACUGUCAGGUAAGGUCAAAAUGCAAAUAAAACUCAGCAGGAUAGCCAGCAAGAAGUUCCAUUGGGUUUGAACUGGGCAACUAAAUGACAGCUGAAGUAGGAAUUCAAAUAGAAUUAAAUUUACCAUAUUUACUCAAUUCCAAGAUAAGGAGGGGAGGGCCUGAGACUGCGUGGGGGAUGGACACAGCCACAAUGGGUUUAGGUGGUGGUGGAGGGACAGACAGGAGGGGGCAAAUUACCUGCUCCCUACUUGUCCCUUUGCAGUCCCCCCCAUCCCCACCCUGCGCUUGCUACCUCCACUGCUUUCCCCAAUGCAGUGGUGUUUGGGGCAAAUUUAAGAUGAUCCUCCAAUAAUUAGAUUUCUAUACAUGGAAAAAUUAUAACAAAUUUAUAAAGUUUCCACAUAUGGAAUCUAAUUAUUGGGGUGGGCUAUCUUAAAUUCAGGGUAAUUUUGGAUUUGGGUAAAUAUGGCGAGUCAUGGAUAGGUUAAGCAAUUACUAUGGGAAAGAAUUACCUGGCUCAAGUGUUUUCUUCAUGAUCAUCUUAUUGGCUUUGCUACAGUUGCAUGGACUAUUUAUAAAGUAUUCACAUAAAGUCACUUGGAUGCACAUCUCUUAAGGAAACAUCUAGAAUGCUUCAUGAACACAUGAAAACACUGUUGGUAGGGGACCUUGCUAGUCUUCUUCUCUAGGAAUGUAAUGUCUUGGUUAACAUCUCCCAUGUUCUCAGCUUCUGUAAUAUACUAUGAUUGUAUAGUAUAAAAGUGGACUGUAUAGUUAAAAAAGUGGACUGUUUUGGGUAUAUUAAAACAUUUAUUUUUUAUUAAAAAUGAAUGUCUAAUCCA